AUUUUCGGGCAACGAACGACUGGUAUAUAAGCCGGGGCCGGCAAACCGUUUGGCAUCAGUUCACUCCGAGGAUCCAUCGCAGUAUCCAACACACAACACAAAUCGCAUAGCUAUAUCGUUUAGUCUGCAACCGCAUCCACCGCCAUGGCACAUUUCAAGGCAUGCAUCGUCGGUUUGGCAUUGAUCGGUCUCUGCGCAGCCGAUACAGCCAAGACCACUGAAACCAAAACUAGCAACAAACGAAGCGCCGACUUGUCGUACGGUCUGUCCUCUCUGGGCUACGGUCACGGAGUCUCCUCUUACUCUGGUCUGGCUUCCGGAUACGGUUUGUCUUCCGGUCUAUCUUCCGGCUACGGUCUAUCUUCCGGCUACGGUGCAGGUUACGCUUCCCAUGCCGUACCAGUCAAAGUGAGCCAAUCCGACCAGGUCGUUCCCGUGUCCGUGCCACAACCGUACGCAGUGCCCGUCACCCGUCACGUGCCAGUGUCCGUGCCCCACCCCGUCCCAGUGUCCGUGCCCAGAGCCGUCCCAGUCAGCGUACCACACCCAGUCCCAGUCACCGUCGACCGCCCAUACCCCGUUGAUGUACCACGCAGCGUGCCAGUCAGCGUACCACACCCAGUCCCAUACCCAGUGAGCCGUGCCGUCCCAUACUCCGUCCCACAACCGUACCCAGUCGAAGUCCAACAACACGUUCCAGUCUCCAUCCCAACUCCAGUGAUCGCCGCUGCACCAGCUUACUCUGUCGGAUACUCCGGCGCUUCAUCUUACGGAUCUUUGGGAUACUCCGGUGCUUCAUCCUACGGAUCUUUGGGAUACUCCGCUCCAUCCUACGGAUCAUCUUACGGAUACUCCGCUCCGUCAUUCGGAUCAUCCUACGGAUCCUCAUACGGAUACUCCGCCGCUCCAGCCUACGGAUCCUCAUACGGAUACUCCGCUCCAGCCUACGGAUCCUCAUACGGAUACUCCGCUCCAGCCUACGGAUCUUCCUACGGAUCGUCUUACGGACUCUCGUCCUUGUCGUCCGGUCUGUCUUACGGACACGGUCACUCUUUCGACGAAUACAAGAAAUAAUAACGAUAACAAUAUUAAUAUAUCACAAUCGUCACAUCGCGUCCGACAAUAAUGUUCUACUAAAAUAUUACAAUCUAAUACAACGAUAUCGUGUAACCGCGCCGCCGAAACCCAAACCCAAACGCACAAUUAUCGCCGCACACUGUCGCACCGUUGCCGCCACUCAUCAAAUCAGAUUAUUAAGAUAUAUUAAAUGACGUGCGUUAUAAUAUUAUACUAUCAUACAUGCGUAUAUGUGUAUGCGAACCGGCGACUAUAUGACGCUUAAUGUUUUCACACAUACUCGGGUUACUUAUAUGGUAUACUUACGAUAUUGUGUGUACAAUAUUAUAUGGUUCAUCGCGGUCGGUUAUCGUAUAUGCAUUACAUAUUAUCGUUGUAUACAUAUUAUAUUACACUAAACUCAUUUUGUAUACUUAAUAGUUAAUAUUAUUAUUAUCAUCAUCAUCAUUACUACUAUUAUUAUUAUUUUUAUUAUUAUAUUAUUAUAUUUUGUUAUUAUAUACUUUAUAUUAAAUGUUACGCGCUGUAUAUUAUACAUGAUAAUAUUAUGUGCAAUACAAAACCAAAAUUUUCAUUUUGUCUCAAUAAAACUCAAAAACAAAAUUUAAUACCAUAAAA